GUAGGCACACAGAACCAAGAUGGGAGCGAACGAAGGCAAACAGCAAGUGAAAGCCGGAGUGAAGAAGCAGAUCGAAGAGUGGGAGGCUUCGGUUGCUCAGAGCCUCCAACGAAACAAAGUGGAGCUGAUGAGGACUUGGAGCUCAGCAGAAAGAACUCAGCUCAAACUACAAAUUGAGACCCAGAGCGGCAUCCUGGAUUUCCUCCAUGGAAGGAAAACAAAGGUGAAGGAUGGCUCCAGGGAUCAGAGGGAUGAGGUGAUCUCUCUGAGGAUGGAGCUCACAGCGUCCCAGAACGACCUGAAGGAGGCUUACGACCAUCUCAAAGCUGAGCAGAAAAUACAUCGAGACCUGAAGCUCCAACUGAACGAGUACCGGACCAAGCUGCCGGUGGAACGAGACGAGAAUCGGAAGCUGACAGCUCAACUGCAGGAGGCACAAGACAAGAAUCAGAAGCUGACAGCUCAACUGCAGGAGGAACAAGACAAGAAUCAGAAGCUGACAGCUCAACUGCAGGAGGAACAAGACAAGAAUCAGAAGCUGACAGCUCAACUGCAGGAGGAACAAGACAAAAACCAGGAGCUGACGGCUAAACUGCAGGAGCAACAAGACAAAAACCAGGAGCUGACGGCUAAACUGCAGGAGCAACAAGACAAAAACCAGGAGGUGACGGCUAAACUGCAGGAGGCCCAGAAACAACUCCAAGCAGCUGCUGUAGAACGUCCAGAAGGUCCUGAAGGUCCAGACAUUGUGGAGUCUUCAGAAGAAGCUGAUGAUUCUGAAGAAGAGUUAGAGGAGAAUAAAGUGGACGUCUCCCAGACCGGCCAGGUAACGGAGACGGAAACCAGAUUUUCCUCAACUGGACAAACCACAGCAGACGAGGCUCCUGCUGAAGAAGAAGAAGAAGAUGAGCUUCCACAGCUGAAAAAGACAGACAGGAAGAAGAAAAAGAAGAAGUCCAACUGGUUUCUGAGAUUGUUUACAUUCGGCUGUGCAAGAGCAGAAGAUGAUGAUGAUGAUGAUGAUGAUGAGGAUGAGGUUGAUGAUGAUGAUGAUCAUCAUCAUCAUCCUCCUCAUCAUCAGCGUGAUCGUCUUGAGCCUCCGGAGAGCAGAUUUUUGGUCUACGGAGACAUCUGAUCUCCAGAUACAUGAUGAUGGUCGUCUGGGCCCAGAAGUUUAGUUUAGAAGGUUUAGUAUCUAGGAAUACUUCAUCAGAGCUGCUGUUAAAACAAUCAACAAAAAAGCACUAAAGCAGCGAUGAAGGGCAAACGUUUUUUAUAAGAAAUAAUAAAUGCAAAACUAAUCUGACUUGUUGAUUCUGAACACUAUUUAACGAGCUGCCGUCUUUUAAAUCACUUCUGAACCACUUUCACAGACUUGUUUUGUUUUCAUGUGAAGUUUACUUUCAGCUUGAAUUAGUUUCAGUCUUCUGUUCCGCAUUCUUUUUUCUAUUCAAUUUCAGUUUUAAUAAACAUAUUUAA